AUGACUGGUUCUAAACCAGGAGGAAAUCCUGAGUCAAGCAAAGAGGGGAGGGAUUCAACCAAUGAAGGGGGUUCAUUUGAGAAACGGGUGCUAUAUUUUUGGUUGCGUUCUGGGCUUGCAGAUGUUUUGAACGACGCCGUUUUCGACGAGGACCACGAUGAGAUGGUCAUUGUAAAGGACAUUGAGAUGUUUUCAAUGUGCGAGCAUCACUUGGUGCCUUUCAUGGGUAAAGUUUCCGUGGGUUACUUACCCAACAAGAAAAUUCUAGGGCUGUCCAAGGUUGCUCGCAUCGUGGAAGUCUUCAGCAGGCGCCUCCAGGUUCAGGAGAGAUUGACCAAACAGAUUGCCCAAGCACUGACACAAGCUGUUGAGCCUGCUGGGGUUGGAGUUGUUAUUGAAGCUGCACACAUGUGCAUGGUGAUGCGGGGAGUUCAGAAGCUGAACAGCAAAACCACGACUUCCUGUAUGCUUGGAGUGUUCAGAGACGACCCUCGUACCCGUGAAGAAUUCCUGACUCUCAUUCGCAAGUAGAAGGGGUUCACACAAUCACGCUUCUACAAAAAACGUCAUGGAACCAGCAUGAGAUUUAAAAGACAACAAAAAAUCAAGAAAUGUAUGUGGCCAACGCAUAAAUAUAAGCGAAACAGGGCUUUGACCACUUAUUGACGGAUUAUUCAGCGCAAAAAGAUUUUUUCAGUUUCGGACUGCUUUUCCUCCAAUGUCUGCAACGUAUACAAUACUUCCAUUUUCGAUACAGUGAAAAAAAAAGAAAUUAUUUUUGUUUUAAUAUUUAAAAAACGAACAGUGUGGCCUAAUUUUUUUAUAUAUGGAGCAACUCUGCAACAAUCCAUAUUUUACAAAAUUAACCCAACAUUCCAGUUUAAUAUACGUCAAUUUAAUGUUGAGUAAUAUUUGGAUCGAUAGAUAACAUGGACAUAUUUUCUGUCAUUUUUGGAUGUCCGCGGUUGUGCCGGUGUUUCUUCUUCUUUUUUUUUGCAAGACUGUUGCACUGUCGUGUGUAAAUUGUUGUGCCAUUUUACGGGAAAUUGUAUCAAAAAUGAGAGUUGAAGGUACUGAUUGAAAUAGAGAACAUUUCAUGACUCACGCCUCGGAAAA